AUGGCCUCCAAGAGCGAUGGGGCUGCCAAGGCGGCGCGCGCACCGUUCGCACGCGUGCUUGGCAUACUGAGCGUCGUAGCCAUGCUGCACAUCGUGGGUCUGUUCCUGUUCACGAGUGGCUUCUUACUGCAGCGUGUGGAGCUGAAUGCCGCGUCGAACUGUUCGAAGCCGGCGGUGGCCGUUUGGCACGCACCGCGACCGCCCAGCUCCGCGGCACAAGGCAACGAGACAGCCUUGCGCGCUUGGGACGAGCUGCUUGAAAAGCAUGGAGAAUGCACGCUUCCUCCGCGCUUCCAGCGUGUGGUGCUGUGGAUCGUCGAUGCCCUGCGCUACGACUUUGUGGCGGAGGCACAGGCAUCUGACGCAUUUACCCCCAAUGCUUUCAUGCAUAAUCACAUACGCACACCCGCUAUGCGUGCGAAUGCUACCCCGUACGCAUCGUUCCUCGCGCACUUCGUGGCUCAUCCACCGACUACAACGCUCCAGCGCCUCAAAGGCCUCACGACCGGUUCGCUACCGACCUUUAUCGAGGCAGGCGCCAACUUUGGCGGCGCUGGACGCAUCAACGAAGACACAUGGAUUGCACAGAUGCGUCAGCGUGCUUCCAAGCGUCUAUCAUUUGUCGGCGACGAUACGUGGCAGAUGGUCUUUGCUGACUUGUUUGACGACACCCAUCCUUAUUCGUCAUUCAAUGUCGAAGACCUGGAUACAGUCGAUGCUGGCGUCGAAGUACAUAUGCUCGACACGAUGGACCGCGAUGAUUGGUCACUUAUAGUGGCGCAUUCGCUCGGCGUAGAUCAUGUGGGCCACCGAUUCGGCCCAGCUCAUGCGCGCAUGCCGCCUAAGCUCGAGCAGAUGGACGACAUACUCCAGCGCGUUCUCAGCAAACUCCGAGACGAUACCCUCUUCGUGUUCCUCGGCGAUCACGGCAUGGACGCGACGGGCGACCACGGUGGUGACUCAGAGCUCGAAGUCGGCAGUGCCUUGUGGAUGUAUGCGAACAAGCCAUUUGACUCGCGUCGUUCCAAGACGCCCCUGUCCAACAAUACAGAUGUGGCUGCUCUAUUGCGCUCGCAGACACUGACUCCGGCAUUCCAGCCAUUCUCGAUGCUGCCGAAUCAGCUUCAUCGCUCGCUCCCACAAAUUGAUCUCGUACCGACUCUGUCUCUUCUCCUUGGUGUGCCGAUUCCCUUCAACAGCUUGGGUGCCAUUAUACCGGAGGUCUUUGCUUCUGAGAAGGAUGCGCUGCAUGCACCUGCGUCUCGCCUGCUCCGUGCAUUGCGCAUCAAUGCACGUCAGGUCAAGACCUACUUGGACGCCUAUGCUCAGCAGUCGACAGACCUCUCUCCCUUCGCCGCUGAACUUGAUCAGGCGUGGCGCAGCGCCCUCACAGCAGAUGCUCGACUUGCCGAGCGCGCGUCCUUGGAACACGCCCGAGCUACUGCUGAAGCUUACUUAACUUUCGUCCGCCUUGCAUUGGAUCGUGCACAGCGAGUAUGGGCUCAGUUUGACUACGCACGCAUGGUGCUCGGUAUGUCCAUCCUCACGUGCUCAAUUGGUGUUAUAUGGCUCUUGUGGCGCCUUUCAAAGCGCAGUACCAUGGAAGCCCUGUCCCACCUUGUGUGGCGUAACGCUUUUUACGGUUGCUGGUACGGCAUUACGACAGGCGUUGCCAUGGCCAUGAUCACACGCAUCUCUGUGCUUGAAAGCCUCGUAGGCGGCGUGGCUUUGGGCGUCGCAUGCACACUCAUGUGGCAGAUGUGGCCUGGCAACAUGGUCCUAGAUGCUUUCUCGACGCCUUCGAUGCGCUCUGUCAUAUCGAAUACGGUGGCUUGUGUCCUUGUGCUCGGACAUGCAUUGCUCUUUGCCAGCAACAGUUUCACCAUGUGGGAAGAUCGUAUCACUCUGGGAAUGGUGUGUUUGGUACUGGUAGUACGUGCAUGGAUGGGCCUUGGUGCACCUCUGACGCGGUGGCAGCAGCAAAUUCCCAUCAUAUCCAUCCUGGCCUUGCUUCUGCUGCGCUUCGCUGGUAUGAGCCGCGUUUGUCGUGAAGAGCAGGCACCGUACUGUGCCCCCUCAUUCUAUGCGUACCAAGCCACUACGAAGUUUGCUGACAAUCCCGCUUACGCUCUUUCCGGCCCUGCGACGAAUAGCCCCUAUGCGCUUGCUGCCGCGUACCUCUUUGCGUUUGCUAUGGCAGAUAUCCUGCGCCGAAUUCUUAAGCCAAGUCAUGCGCAUCUCAGCUCGGCAUCGACACUGCUCACAUGGAUCAUUCGACCAGCUUUGCUGGGCUCAUCUGGAUUUUGGCUCGCCGAUUGGGUUCAUGGACUCGAGCAACUGGACGAAGCAACGCGGUCAACGUUCCUGGUCAUCAAAAUCUGGACGGCACGUGCUGUUCUCUUCCUGCUCGUGGCGGGUGCGUGGUACUGGUACCUGUCUCCACUGAGUCUCUCCGUGCUUCGUGAGCCGACGCAAAAACGCGACGCGCCGCCGAAAGUCGCACUUCUCGGCUUUGGCAAUACCUUUGGCGCAGCCUUUUUGCUUUUCACAUCACUCGCUUUCUCCCUAUUGUUCUUACUUUCUCAGCCCAUGGGCCAACUGGCUCUAUCCGCUUGCUUUCUUGCCAUGGUCCUGAUAGCUGAGCUGGGUGACUCCGAGCGUGAUGCACGAUUGCUGGCAGCCUCCAAGAUGCCAAAUGCCAAGGACCUCUCUGCCUCGCCAUCUCACGCCCCGUCCCUCCUCGAAAUUGUGUGUAUUGGUCUUCUUGGCUUUGUCGCCUUCUUUAGCACAGGUCACCAAGCGACAUUUACAGCCAUCCAGUGGCGCGUCGCAUUCGUGGGAUUCCCUGUUGUUACGUACCCAUGGUCACCGCUCUUUGUCGUGCUGAAUGCAUUUGGCCCACUGAGUAUCCUGCCUGCCUUUGGCGUCGUAUUACUUACACUGUGGAACGUUGCUCCUACCCGUGCCAAGGUACAACAAGAAGAGACGGGUCAUGUGCGGCCCAUGCGAUUGCCAGGAGACAUCCUGCGCUCUGCUCUGGGACUGCUCUUGUACGUGGGUGUGUUGACAUGGUCCGCAGCCUUGUGGGCAUGGUUCUUCCGUCGUCAUCUCAUGCUAUUCAAGAUCUGGGUUCCGCGAUACAUGAUGGCUGGACUGGGUCUCUUGAUUACAGACGUAGCUCUGCUAGGCGCUGUGGCUGUCGCUUGGUGGAUUGCUGCACGCACAGCCAAGGCCUUUGGCACGUUGUACACAUAG